AUGGCCGCAAUUCCCCUGGUCUUGCUUGGCCUGGCAGCAAGUCUAGUCUCUGCUACCACGACAUGGAGCGAGAAUCUCGUCCUCGCCGACUGCGGUAUUGGCCUAGGAGUUAAUGGAGGCUCCACAUCACGCGAGAUGAUGUACUACUCCAACAUAGCCUGGGGCCCUCCAACGUAUAUGGCAAACGUGCCAUGGGACGGCUCGUACCCUUGGCGACCUAGCGGCGUGUCGCAGACACUACCCAACGGAGAUAAAUGGACAGUGGUAAUCGACAACAAUGUCGGAGAUCCAAAUGUCGCGGGGUACGCUUGGCAUACAUACGAUGCCAAUACCCUGACGUGCUUCAGUCGACACUUGGAUGGGCUCUUCACGCUGGCCGACGGCAAAAAGUGCAGCAUGGCGUACAUUUGCAACCACGCGCCGGCAGGCCCAAAACCUCCCACGCCUGCACCAGCACCAGCACCAGCACCAGGACCGGCUCCGCCGUCGCCUCCACCGCGACUGGAUGAGAACGCAACGCCGGGCGCGCUCAAAUACCAACCCGUCAUCGACUUUGACCAGUCAGCCUGCUACAACACCAUGGCCAUUACACGCAACGGCCAGUUGAACGCCGGCUUAGAACUCGGGCAGGGCGACUGCCGCACACUGGACCGGCUAUCCAACAGCAACGUUUACGUACGCGAAAAGUGCACUAACGACGGUUGGUGCUUCUACCUGUACGGCUACUACUCUGAGAAGGAUGAGGGCGGUAGCCUAGCCAGUGGGCACAAGCAUGACUGGGAACACCUGUUUGUGUGGACUCUGAAGGGCGACGCCAAAUACCUCGGGUGGUCGCAUCACGGGUCCUACUCAAUCGAAUGGGCACACGCGGUGAGAUGGGAGGGUGGCCGUGCCAAGUUCGUCGUUGAGCGCGAUAGGGGCACUACGCAUUGUUUCCGCAAGGCGACCGAGUCGGAGCCGCCGGAGAAUGCGACGGGCAAGUGGGUGCGUUCGGCCUUGGUCAGUUUGGAGAGGAUGAACGGGGCGCUGAAGGAAAAGAUGCUGGCGAAUAACUGGGGGUCGGCGCACAUGGAUCUGAAGGAUGAUCGGUUUGAUCAGACGUAUUGGUCUACUUGGAAGAUGGCGCAGGGCCUUCCUAACCUUGGGCCACCACGGCCGGAUCUUCCCGGUCCCCCACAUCGGGAGUUGUAG